CAAACGUCAACAUUCUACACGAACCAACUCUUCUGUUUCCUUUAUCUACCUCCAUAAUAUGCCUCAGUUAGCUCGUGCUGCCAGCAUACAUACUAGCCGUCCUCCGACAACGUUCUCACAGUCUUCCCGCCCUACUACCGAUACUCGUGGUUCCCGUCCAUUCACUGGCCGACCAGCUACCGGAAGGCCAACCACGGGUGGCUCUCGUCCACGUACUGGUCGUCCGAGGACAGGCGCAACGCAUGUAGAUUCGCAAGUUGUCGCGGCUAUAUGCGAAGGGAGGGGGGUUGCGGCGAGUGUAGGCUUAGCAUUCAUCCACCUUGCUACGGCUGAAUGCGUCCUAAGUGAGAUAGUCGAUUCCCAGACUUACGUGAGAACGAUGCACAAGCUGGGCGUGUUUGACCCUGUUGAGAUUCUUAUCCCGAUGACAUCUAUGACGCCCACCAAAUCCAAGCUCUGCCGUAUUGUGGAGGAAAACCUACCUGGAGCGACUCUUGUACCCAUCGCUCGCAAGUACUUCAACGAACCCGAAGGUCGGGAGUACGUCCAGCAAUACACACUCGCCGAAGAUCUGGAGAGUGUUAAGGUUGCUGUAUCGGCAAAGUUCUACGCACUAUCUGCUUUGGCGGCGUGCUUGAAGUACGUCGAAUUAUCGCAUCACACGCUGUUUGCUCCGCGUUCUCUGCGUCUAUCAUACCAGCCGUCGGAAGGGUCCAUGUUGAUUGACUUCUCUACUGUUCGGAUUCUCGAGUUAGUCCAAAAUCUGCAAAAUCCAAAGAGUACAGCGAGUUUGUUUGGUGUUCUCAACAAUACAUGCACGCCUAUGGGAGCGAGGUUACUCAGGUUGAAUGUCCUACAGCCUCUGACAGACCUCAAUGUACUGGAAGGCCGGCUGGACGUAGUUGAGGAGCUUGUGGGAAGGGAGGAAUGCUUCUUUGCAGUGAGGGCAGCUCUGAAACCAUUUCAGGAUUUCGAUAAGCUCUUGACAGCUCUCGUUGCUGUUACGACUAAAUCGACAUUGAAGCACUCGGAAAAUCGGAUCAACGAUGUGAUCCUUCUGAAGCAUGGCAUUCGCUGUAUCCCGCCGGUACAUGAGGCUCUGGCCGGGGUCCGCUCGAAUCUGCUAGUCGCCAUCCGCAACCUCUGUCUCGACGACCGCAUCAAUCAUAUUUCUGAGAUGAUUGAUAAUGUGAUCAACGAGGAUGCAGUUUGGCAGAAGGGUGCUUUAGCUUUGCAGCAUCAGAGGUGUUAUGCUGUGAGGAAUGGAGUGAACGGGCUCCUAGACGUUGCCAGACAGACUUAUAAGGAAGCCACGAGUGAUGCGAUCGAGCUAGUAGCACAUUACAGCGAGGAACACGGUAUCCCGUUUCGGGUUCACUUCGAAGCAUCCCGUGGCUUUUAUAUUCAAUUGAGCCCGACUGACCUUGAGGCGUGCGAAGUUCCCGAGCUACCCUUGUGUUUCAUCAAUGUAGUCAAGAAGAAGAAGAUGAUUCAGUGCACCACUCUGGACCUUGUUAAGAAAAAUGCCAAGAUCAAGGACUCGCUGACGGAGGUGUUGUUGAUGAGCGACAAGACCAUUGAGACAUUGGUGGACGAGAUUAGGUCGGAGAUUGGAGCAUUGUAUAAGGUUUGCGAAGGGGUUGCAAUGUUGGACAUGUUGGCCAGCUUUGCAUAUGUUUGCACCGUGCGGGAUUAUAUACGGCCUGAAUUCACCGACACCCUGGGGAUCAAGUCUGGUCGUCACCCGAUUCGUGAAGCAAUUCAUGGGGAUAGAUAUAUCCCUAAUGAUACAUAUGCUUCCAACACUACAAGAUUUCAGAUCAUUACCGGAGCCAAUAUGUCUGGUAAAUCGACGUACCUUCGUCAGGUCGCUCUGCUCUCUGUCAUAGCACAAAUUGGGGCCUUCGUGCCGGCCGAGUACGCUUCUUUUCCGAUUACGAAACAGCUAUUCAGCCGUAUUUCAAUGGACGACAGCGUGGAGUCGAACUCGAGUACUUUCGCCAUAGAAAUGAGAGAGACCGCUUUCAUCCUCCAAAGCGCAAAUGAGGACAGCUUGAUCAUUGUGGAUGAGUUGGGUCGAGGAACGAGUACUCGUGACGGGUUUGCUAUCACUCUGGCUGUUUGCGAAGCGCUUGUGGAUACUGGGGCGGUAGUGCUCUUCGCAACUCACUUCAAGGAGCUCACCACCGCAUUGGCGGAUCGUCCCGGUGUCGUCAGUCUUCAUACGGAAGUCCAAUCCGAGGGUGAGAACAUGAAGAUGCUGUACAAAGUUGCAGACGGUGGGAACGAGGAGAAGCAUUAUGGUUUGAAGUUAGCUCAGGCGGUUGCGCUGCCUGAAUCUGUCUUGUCAAAAGCUGUCGGGAUAUCUUUCGCGCUUGCUAGCCGUACACGGGCUCAGAAGGAGAACUCCGAAGCCGCUAAGCGCGCGAAGUCUAGAAAGCUCCUCUUGAACCUAAGGGAGACUUUGACGCAAGCGUACAACGGCAGCAUGGAACCGGAUGUCUUGAGACGCUGGCUGGUAAACGUCCAAGAACGGUUCGUGCUUCAGAUGGAGGCUCUAAGUGGAGCACAUGACGAAGACGUGGGUGAGGGGGUAAGGGAGGCUUCGACGCUCCACAAUGGCUCUGAGGUAUCAUCCCACAGACAAGAUCUAGACGCUGUCGUUGAGAUUGAAGAGUAGUGAAGCUAAUCCAAUAAAGAUAUCUCAUAGCUUAUGUUGUGCAGAUAAAUAUCAUGAGUUCAUUAUUUCGCCUCUCUGAGCUCUCUUUUUCUGCAUCCUCCGACGUCUGACUCGACCUUGAGCCCCUAUCCAUC